AUUCAUUCUAUCAUAUUUGUUUUUCCUCUAAUAAGUAAUACUUUCUCUCUCUAAAAACGUGAAGCUUAGCUUAUAGAGAGAGAAAGAAAGAAAAGAAUGUGUCCCCUCAGGAUUAUUCUGAUUUUCCUGUCUGCAACUCUGGCGGGAUUCUUUGUUCUCAGGAACCUGAAAUCCCAGCCUAAUGCUGUUGACCCCGACCACGUCGACGGCGAUUCACCUGAAGACUCAAAUUCGCUUCCUGUCUCCUCCCAGGUGUGCGGGGUCAUUGGGAAAGGAUUUUGGACCUGCGUGGAUAUGGCUACUGGCAAAUAUCUCUGGAGGCAUUUGGUUUCUUCACCCACCCAUUGAUCUAAGGAUUACCAUGUUGUAAUGGUCCUGUAAUGUAAUCUGUAUAGUAUAAGGGUGUUCAUCUUCUGCUUCAAUUCAUGUUUUUACCACGUUGUAAUUUGCUGCUUCAGAGCUGUAAUCCGCGGUUGUGGGAAUAAGAAUGCAACUCUUUUACUAUCAA